AUGCAGGUUUCAAUCGAAAUUGCAACUUGGACUCACAACAAUCAUGGAUUAUUCGAUUAUGAAUCUAAAGAACUAAAGACUUCUAAAAUUAAUGUAAAAAACACAACAAACUUAAUUUUAAAUGAAGAUAAUUCUGACACAAUAGUCUAAUCUGAUAAAUUUUAUGGCGAUUGUAUUGGCUCAAUAAGUUUUGAAGGCAAUGCUAUAUAUUUUUAAAGUAAUUCAGAUUUUUAAGAUGCGUAUGUGAAAUUAGAUCCAAAAUAAAAACAAUAGUUAUUAGUCGGUGAUCUUUUUAAAUUUGGAAGAAUGGAAUAUUUUGUAUCUGAGUUGAACAAUGGCGAUAAAGUAAUGAUGGCCGACGAUCAUUAUAAUUUAGAAAGACAUAUUACAAUCCAAAAGAAAAAAGACCCAAGACAGUGCAGGUUUUGUUUGAUGGACGAUUAAGAAUAAACCGAAGACCCAAAAAAUCCAUUUCUCCAAGAUUUGUGUAGUUGUAAGGGAUUAAUGGCUUAUGUUCAUUUUGAAUGUUUGAAGUCAUGGGUUAAUUUUCAAAAUCGAAUUUCAUGCAAAUAAACAUAGAAUACAGUUCAAUAUCAUUGGAAUAAGGUCUUGGAAUGCGAUGUUUGCAAAGAUCCCCUCCCCGCUCGUGUUUAUAUUGAAAAUCAACCAGAACCCCUUCAAAUGAUACAAGUCGAAAAAUUAGACGGUCCUUACAUUAUUCUUGAAUAGAUCACACGACAGGAGAGUCUAUCAAAAAGUCUGACAUUUAUGCAUGCUUUUGGGACAUGUUCUGUAUCCAUUGGUAGAGGACACAAUAGUGAGAUUAGAUGUUAAGAUAUCUCAGUCUCAAGAAAUCAUGCCAAUAUCUCAUAUGAAAAAUUCUGGUACAUAUAAGAUCAAGGCAGUAAGUUUGGAACUUUGAGGAUCAUUUAAAACAAACUACAACUACUAAAGGAAGUUUAAGAAAUAUAAAUAGGAAGGGUCUUGCUAAAAAUCAAAAUAAUUUGAAAAUCAUAUAUAUACCUAAAUAUUUUAAUUUAGUAAAAAUGAUAUAAAA